GAUGUAACCCAUCAUGGUGUGCUGGAAUACGUAACAUGUGACUUGGCACCCUCGUCUAGUCCCAAGGUCUGAUGUUCCUUUGACUUGCGGUCUUGGAUCUGCGUCUCACAAGCCAAAUCGCCUUGAAUCACAAUCUUCGGGAAAAGGCUGACAGCUCGCCAAAAUCUGUAAUGGAUGGCCCCUUAGUGAGCCAGACUCUCCUGGCAGUCGCUGGUAUCACUGCAGGAGCAGCAUACGCAGAUGCCAAGUUGCAUCUCUCAAAGGACCUCAACCAGCUGUUCCGAGUACGAAAGGCGGAACACAAUCUGGCUGAUGCAGUACGUCAAAAUAAGGCCUCUGGCUUCUUCCUUUUCGCUGAUGCCGCGCAGAGACUGCAAGACGCGCCUUGCAUUUGGUCUCGCGAGGUCGACUACACAUGGAGGCAGGCCUACGAGCGGGUUUGCCAGUACGGCAAUUACUUCAAGGGACUGCAAGUCAAGCCCUCGGAGCACGUCGCAAUCUACAUGAUCAAUUCGCCAGAGUUACUCCUCGUCUGGAUGGGCCUAUUGUCCAUAGGGGCCGCUCCGGCGUUGGUCAACUACAACUUGGCCUCGGACGCCUUGAUUCAUUGUGUACGCUUGUCUGACUGUCGUAUUCUAAUGCACAGCUCCGAUGCAGGCUGCGCGGGCAGAAUUCACGAUGCCGAGCAACACUUGAAAGACAUGGGCGUCGUGAGUUUGGAGCUUGCAGGAAGUGUGGCGAACAGCAUUGCCGAAACGUCGACGCAGACACCGCAAGUAAGCUGCUUCGAGGAUUCAAAGAUUCACCCACUCGCCAUCAUGUACACAAGUGGAACGACUGGCUUACCCAAAGCCUUUCCAUUGACUGCUGCCCGUAAUUAUCCCUCGGCCUCGCUAUUCCCAAAGACGUUUGGACAGACCCCAGGUCCCGGUGGUGAUCGGAGUUAUUACUGUAUACCACUCUACCAUGGAACUGGAGGUCUUGCUGCAAUGAAUGAUUUGAUGAGUGGCAUCUCCAUUGCUAUCGCCCCAAAGUUCUCGCUGAAAGGUUUCUGGGACGAUAUUAUCGACAGCAAAGCAACGAUAUUUGUCUAUGUUGGCGAGCUGAUACGCUAUCUCCUGUCGGCCCCUGUGUCGCCUAAAGAUCGAAAGCACAACGUACGGUUGGUGUGGGGGAACGGACUUAGUCCCGACUUGUGGGAAAGAUUCCAGGAGCGAUUUGGUGUGCCUGCCAUUGGUGAAUUUUACGCCAGCACCGAAGGCCCAUUGGCACUCGUCAAUCACUAUCGUGGAGGUGGCUUUGGGCUUGGAGCUGUGGGACAUCAGGGUUGGCUCCUGAGGAGGAGAAGCCGCGAUUCCUACGUUCCAGUGGAAACUGAGGCCGAAACAGGAGAUAUCCGUAGGUGUCCAAAGACUGGCCUUGCCAAGAGACUGCCCUACGAUCAAGGUGGAGAGGUCCUGGUCCAGCUCCCAUCCGAGUCGGCGUGGGCUGGUUAUCGGCAGGCUGACGACGCGACCGCGAAGAAGUUGGUGCACAACAUCUUAAAGGAAGGGGACGUGUACUUUAGGACUGGUGACUCCCUGCGCCGCGAUGACAAUGGUCACUGGUAUUUCCUCGACCGACUUGGAGACACGUAUCGCUGGAAAGGGGAGAAUGUGUCGACAACAGAGGUGUCGCAAGUCCUGAACUCGGACCCCGACAUUGCCGAGUCGAAUGUCUACGGCGUGAGAAUCCCAGGACACGAUGGCAAAGCUGGCUGUGCUGCCAUCAUACUUAAAGACUCUGCCGACCGCGAAUCGAUUGACUGGACGAGGCUGACGGCACGACUGCGGUCCGAGUUGCCUCCUUACGCUGUUCCCAUCUUUCUCAGACUCCGGGAAGCAGUGGGAGCCAUGGUUACGGACAAUUACAAGCAGAAGAAGGAGCCGCUCAAGCUUGAAGGCGUCGAUCCUGAUGCUCUGGGGUCCCGGGUUCCUCAAGGAGAGCGUGACCAGAUCUUGUGGCUGCGUCCAGGGUCACCCAGGUACACGCUGUUCACGAGAUCAGAUUGGGCUGCAAUCUCAGAGUCUCGAGCUAAGCUUUAGAAAUAAAUUGUGUAGCAAUAAUCAGAGGUCUUUCCGAGACAGAAGAUAGUCGCAUCAAACAGCAAGUCUGAAUGAUGAUGCCGAGGAUAGCUCAUGGUGUCAUGUCGGUCCCCGUCAUUCCCGGUCAACUGCUGCCCGAGGAAAGGCUAUAAUUGCCCGAAUGCACCAAAACAUGC